GGCUGCCCCAGCGAGCCCAGAGCCCUUCUGGACAGCUCCCGCUAACCCAAACAGAAGACGUCGGCGCCGGAGCGGGCUCGGACAUGGCGAGGCAGCGCGCCGGCCGGAGCGGCGGGGCCCGGUGAUCUCUCCCUCCUUCCCCGCCCCCUCCCCUCCCCGCACGCACGCCCCGUCCGCCCCCACCCCGCCCCCACCCCGGGCGCGCCUGCCGGCUCGCAGCCCGGGGCACACACCCGCACGCACGCUCCCCUCACACACACUCCCGCGCGCCCGCGCCCGCCCCGCGCCCGCGGCCAGGCCCCGCCACGCGCGCCUCGCCAGCCCGCCGGCUGCCCCCUCCGCCCCCGCCGCCUCCGGGCCCCGAUGGACUGAAUGAAGGCUGCCUACACCGCCUAUCGAUGCCUCACCAAAGACCUAGAAGGCUGCGCCAUGAACCCGGAGCUGACAAUGGAAAGUCUGGGCACUUUGCACGGGCCGGCCGGCGGCGGCAGCGGCGGGGCUGGCGGCGGGGGCGGCGGCGGGGGCGGCGGGGGCCCCGGCCAUGAGCAGGAGCUGCUGGCCAGCCCCAGCCCCCACCACGCGGGCCGAGGCGCCGCCGGCUCGCUACGCGGCCCGCCGCCGCCGCCCACGGCGCACCAGGAGCUGGGCACCGCGGCGGCCGCGGCGGCAGCGGCAGCGGCAUCGCGUUCGGCCAUGGUCACCAGCAUGGCCUCGAUCCUGGAUGGCGGCGACUACCGACCCGAGCUCUCCAUCCCGCUGCACCACGCCAUGAGUAUGUCCUGCGACUCGUCGCCGCCUGGCAUGGGCAUGAGCAACACUUACACCACGCUGACGCCGCUCCAGCCGCUGCCACCCAUUUCCACCGUCUCGGACAAGUUCCACCACCCGCACCCGCACCACCACUCUCACCAUCACCACCACCACCACCACCAGCGUCUGUCGGGCAACGUCAGCGGCAGCUUCACCCUUAUGCGCGACGAGCGCGGGCUCCCUGCCAUGAACAACCUUUACAGCCCCUACAAGGAGAUGCCCGGCAUGAGCCAGAGCCUGUCCCCGCUGGCUGCCACGCCGCUGGGCAACGGGCUGGGCGGCCUCCACAAUGCGCAGCAGAGCCUGCCCAACUACGGGCCACCGGGCCACGACAAAAUGCUCAGCCCCAACUUUGACGCGCACCACACUGCCAUGCUGACCCGCGGUGAGCAGCACCUGUCCCGAGGCCUUGGCACCCCGCCUGCGGCCAUGAUGUCCCACCUCAAUGGCCUGCACCACCCGAGCCACACUCAGUCCCAUGGGCCAGUGUUGGCUCCCAGCCGCGAGCGUCCCCCAUCAUCCUCGUCGGGCUCGCAGGUAGCCACGUCGGGCCAGUUGGAGGAGAUCAACACCAAAGAGGUUGCCCAGCGCAUCACCGCGGAGCUGAAGCGCUACAGCAUCCCGCAGGCGAUCUUCGCGCAGAGGGUGCUAUGCCGGUCUCAGGGGACUCUCUCUGACCUGCUCCGAAAUCCAAAACCGUGGAGUAAACUCAAAUCUGGCAGGGAAACCUUCCGCAGGAUGUGGAAGUGGCUGCAGGAGCCUGAGUUCCAGCGUAUGUCUGCCUUACGCCUGGCAGCCUGCAAACGUAAAGAGCAAGAACCAAACAAAGACAGGAACAAUUCCCAGAAGAAAUCCCGCCUGGUGUUCACCGACCUCCAACGCCGAACGCUCUUUGCCAUCUUCAAGGAGAACAAGCGGCCGUCCAAGGAGAUGCAGAUCACCAUUUCUCAGCAGCUGGGCCUAGAGCUCACCACAGUCAGCAACUUCUUCAUGAACGCCCGGCGCCGCAGCCUGGAGAAGUGGCAGGAUGACCUGAGCACAGGGGGCUCCUCGGCCACCUCCAGCACUUGUACCAAAGCAUGACAGAAGGACUCUCACCUGGGCACAAGUCGCCUCCAAAUGAGGAAAACAGAAGCUAAAAGAAAAUAUUAAGGAAAAAGACACCAGAUACUUAGCUGGGGCCCUUCACUGGUGAUUUGAAAGCACAAUUCUCUUGAAAAUAAACUUCUGUUCUAGCUGUAAUCAUAGGCCAGGUGUUCUUUUUUUGUUUUUAAUGGCUACAGAGUCUGAGUGCAAGCUGAAAAUUAAUCUCUUUGAACCAGACACUGUCUUCUGAGCAUGCUAAGCAACCCAGAAACCCAAAUGGGGCCUUCCUGGAGCCGGUUAAUUGCGGUAUGAUGUCAGCCAAGCUCAGGAUUGCUGAAAGUGUCAACAUAACCACUUCGGGUCCUGUCAGCCCCUUACAAUCAGAAUCCCCACAGGUACCAGUGAGAAUUUGGCCCAUUUAAGGACUCUGAGUUUAGGCUUCCAAGAUACUACAGUAAGAGAAGACUCUAGUAACAAGAAUGACCCCAUUUGCUUUUCAAGUGCUUAGCUUCAUUGUAUCACAGUAUUCCAAAGUUCACAGCCAUACCAUUUAAAAUUUCAGAAUAGUAAUGACUGAGCACAAGUUUUAAAUAUGGAAGUCUAAAAAAAAAUAAAAGUCCAAGGACCUGUUUUCCAACUCAGGCAUCUUUUCAUUGAAUGAGUUAGAAAGCUUUAAGUUGAUCCAGUUUACAGUCUUUUCUUUACCUCCUGGAAAUCUCAUAUGGUCUUGGAUCUGUCAAAAAAAUCAAAAAACAAUGGAUCAUUUCACUUGAGCUCAAAAUGUCAAGCACAACAAAAAUAAACAGAAAUAAGGAAGGUUCUGGAUUCAUUGCAUCUGGAUUUUCAAGACGCCUGUUAAUGAAAUCAUUGAGAAUAUGGCUUCAAGCACAUUUUGCAGUUUGCUACAAAUUUUGUUUGUACGUAGUGCAGAUGCACACUCAGGAGGCCAACUUAACUGUUACAGUGUGUGGAGCAAAUGUGGCAUUUUAAAAGAUCUAGAUUUGUUUUAACGAUCAUUAAUGUGUCCUGGGUUAUCAGUCAUCUGGUUCCUCCUAUUGUGCAUUUUAUGACCACCACCUAAUUCAUUCUCAUUCUUUCUAAUUUAUGUUGUUCACGCAUCCAUCCCAUUAAUAGGAAUAUUCCUAGUGUUUUCUAGAAACAAUAAUAAAUCAAACUAUUAUACAUGUUGCUCAUGACUGUCAUCUAGUCUUAACUCUCUUCCAUUGUUGACUCAUCCUUGCAAAACAACUGAAAAAAUCUGGAGAAAACACAGCACACCAAAGAAGCAGAAUACUGCAAACCAAAGACAUUUAUUACUUGCCAUUUUCUAGCCUAAAAAUACUGUGAUUACUUUUAGAAAUCGGAAAACCUCUGCAACUCCAAAUGGCAUUCAGCUCUUGCAUUUGGCUUACCAUCAGGCUGAGCAGACCAGCUAUGCCAAGGACGUUAGCCAAGCCACCAGGCAGUGGCUUUACCACGCCAGCACAGGGUCCUGGCUAUCACCUUCCCUCAGAAAGCAGAAGAGCACCCACAAGCUCUGGGAGAUUGCAAAGGUCAGAUGUGCAUAUUUACCAGUGAACGGCCCCAGGUGGGCACCACGGGGGUGUUCAAAAGCUAUAACGAUUCUUUACAGACACUUAAGACUAACUUUUUUAUGAAUUACUUAAUCGAAACCAAAGAAACUUUUUCUGCACCUACUUCUGCAACAGAACUGUCCCAUUAAAUGAAUAAAGAAAUCCGUGAAUCAAUGGAAAUCACCAUCAACAAGAAGGAAGCAUGCCAGAAAAAAAGAAAACCCACAAAAACCAAAAAACAGCAAGACACACUGUGUUCAAACAGACCUCUUGGGACAUUUAUUGGAAGCAGAUUUGAAAGAAAGGGUUGAGACAAGAAUUAAAGUAAGGAAGAGCCUGAAUGGCUGCUGCUUCAUUUGACAACUCACACGGUAAUCUUAAAGUUGAAGAUUGUCUUUAAUUUGUGCCUAUGCAGUUUUUCAAAAGAACACGGAACAGAGCAACAGAAACCUCAACAGCUACAAUACCAAAGAUGAGGAUUUCUCACACCUUUUGUUUCAGUUCAUUAUCUUCUUUUGCCUGGCUAAAAUACUAUUAGCACCAUUGAUCUGUACAAAGGUAAUUAAUUUUGUUUCUCUGAGCAACAAAAGGAAAGGGUCAUUUAUUUGAUUUUAUUGUUUGCUUUUAAUUUUGUUUUAUGGCUUUUUACCCCAAUGUGGAAUCUCUCAAAAGGUUCCACAGACUCCAGGUGUAAGAUGUAGGGAUACUGCAUGAUUCUCCUCUCUGCCCAACAGAGCAUGGAGAAUGAUGUUGUCACUUGAAUGUUUUAUUCUUAACUCUUAGACUUGGUACCUUCUAUAUUCAGAGUCUCAUCAUCAGGGGAGGGAAAAGUAGCGAGGAUCAGGGGUAGGGGUCUUCUUGACACAUCCUCUCCUGAACUACAGAACCAAAGAAUUUGUAGAGGAAUUUACAGCCUGAUCUUCAUGUAAUUGCUACAUCUUAACAGGGCUUCAUUUGUGGGUGGGGGAAACAUGUAAAAAUAAUUGCCAGUUUCUACUUUUCUAUUAGCUUUUUAAAAAUCAGCUGUAAAAUUGCAUUUCUAAAGAAAUAUAUAUAUAAUAUAUGAAUACAUAUAUAGAUCAACUAGACAUUGGUGAUAACCCAAAAUUUUUGCUCAACCCAAAUUCAUGCCAUGUUUUUGUCAUAUGCCUCAAGCACUGAAUAUUCAGUUCAGAACUUUGCUCGUUUCUCAUGCCAUUCGAGGGUUAAUUUGCCACUGUGGAUAAUUUGGUGUAUUCUGAUUUCUAUGAAAAUUUCUAGGCAAGGUCAAAAGUCAAGUUCAAGCAUUUCAACAUUUAAACUGUUGAUACUUGGACUUGUAGUAUAAAUGAGUUUUAUUUGUAUUUAGAAUCAUCUCUAUUCUAUACCUAAACCAUGAUCAAGAUGGUGAAUAGGGUACAUCUACCAUGUCAAACUGGGCUGCUGCUGUGUAGGCUUAUCUUCUGUAACUGGAGAAAGGCUCAGUGGUGCAUUUCUACCAGCUAGGGCACAUGAGGGCAGCCCAGAAAUCCAUUCAUGCUCCAGGAGAUGCUGCCUCCAUCAGGGUGUUCCAGAGCCCCCUUAAUGAGCAGAUCCACCAAAGACUUCCCAUGGGGACAUCCAUUUCCUGCUGCAGUGGGCUGAUCAGGUUUCCUCAGGGUGGUAAUUACCAAUUUGCAUUGACAAGCCUGUGUGCAACUACAGCUGGCACUGGGUUGGGAUAGUGGUGUUGGGCACGUGGGAAUUUCACUCCUGGAGAGAAAACAUGAAGCAGGUUUUGGUGAGAGUUCCAGAGUUCUACGCCUGAACCACCCCAUCACCCACAGUGUCACCUCCUCACCCCUACCACAUAGGUUGCCCUUUGUAGGGGCUGCAGCCAUCAUGCUGUGAGAGAACAUGGCUCUCCAUGGUUUUUGUGAUAUAUCCCACCUAUGGAUAAAUUGACUUUCCCCCUUGUAUUCCUUUGUCCCUUGCUCAUACUCCAUGUAUAGUUUGUCAAAGGGUCAAGGAAAAAGUAUAUUUCAGUAGGAGAUUGUUCCCACCUAGAUUGACAGAGAUGAAUUUUAAAUUGGGCAUUUCUAAAUGAGUCCUUGUCAUCUGUGGCCAAUGGAAAAUGGUUGUUCUUCUUGAGAACAGGUUGAGAAGCCAAACCUGUUGGUUUGGCCUGUGAUUCUUUGACACACUAGUAUUAGUAUCUGGGUCUGCCAUCUCCUAAAGAAGUGGAGGCCAAAAGAGGCUGACUUUGUGGCUUGAUAUUUUAAUACUGGUCAAACCAGUACUCUAGUGAUCAAAGGAAGAUUUCAUUAUUUCAAAAAAGCAAGAAUUUCCCUUCAAAUACUCUUGAUAAAUGUUUCAUACCAGAUAAUGUCAUACUAGAAAGAAAUGCUUGCUUUUUUGAAAAAACAAUUUUUGCAUCUAUAUAUAAAAAUAUGUGUACAUCUGUACAAUUAUAUGUCCAAAUUCUAGGACCUGCAGAAUUUCAAUAUGUUAGAAAUCUGGAAAAUGCUAUAUUAAAAACUUACAGAAUUUAACCCAGUGAGUUGAAGGAUUUUAAAAAUUUAUUGUAAAUUAAUAAUUUCAAAGAAAAUAAUCACUUGGACUUGGUUAUAGUUUAGAAUCCAUUUCUUCAAUUCAAGAAAAAUUCUAGGCAUGGCUCAGUCAUUAGCAACAAAAGGGGUGGUAAAAAGGAAUAGAUCUCAGAAAUUUAACUUGUUUGAGGCAACAGAAAUCCUAACGCUCAUAACUAUUGAGUCAAAAGAUAUUUUUCUUUAUGACUUUACAUAAUUAGGCUUCAUUUUUGUUCUUAAUGUGAUUUUUGGUACCAAGAAUACAAUCUUUUCAUUCAGGACAUUCAGAAAAAGCAGACCUAUACAUUUUUAAAGGAAAAUCCAACAAUAAUGAAACUCAACAUCAAUAUUUAAAAAGUUUACCCCAAACUGUAACUGUUUUUAGGUUGUACCAAAAGAACAGGCCACCCUGAGCCAAGAAUUCAGCAUGAUCCUCUUCUCUGGAAAAAUCACAAAUUGCUUGUAUAGCAACUCUUCUCUCAUAGGCUCUUGGCAGUUGUGGGCUUAGGAAAUUCAAGCUCAUGUUCAUUUUAAGCUAAAAUAAAAUCAGAUUAAGAUGGUAAAUAUGGUAGGCACACACACACAUGUUUCUAAAUCAGAUGAGAGCAGACACAUUUAGGGUGGUGUGCCCAUAGGCCCUAACUCAAAUAAUGUAUUUCAAAGUCCAGUACAAAUACUUUUAAAAUAAUCAGGCAUUUUACCUUGUCUGUACUGAGUACCCACCUUUUGAUGUCAAUAAAUUAAAAUUUAGCAGAUUUUUAAAAAGUCACAGCUGUCUAGAUACAGAGAGAUACUCUUUUGAAAAUGUUGGUAGCCUUACAGGAGUGUCUGUUUGACUGUCAUUAUUAAAGUAUCAUUACGGUAUGCCUCUGCAGUGAACUUUGGAUCUCUUGGGUCUUUAGGAGGUUGUAUAAUUGGAAUUUUUCAAAAUCUAAGGAGCACAGACGGGGUUCCAGUUUGUUGAAGGAUAACUGGCUCCUUAAAAACUGGAGAAAAAAAGAGAUGACACCUGUGGUUAAGAUUGGCCACAAGGGCUUUGACAGUAACCUCUAGAUUCAUAGCAGAUCAGAGCUGACUUUUGCUAUUGUUGCUGAUGCUCUGAUUCAAGCUUGUAAGCCUAACUAGGAAAGUGAGUGGGAAAUGGUAGAGGAAGAAAGGAUAGAGCUGGUGUAACUUUAACUUUCUGAUACUUAUCUGCAAAACUAGACAGAUUAAUAAUUAUGACCAAGUCAUCUCUGAAAUAAUAGGAGAUUCCAGUUUUAAAAUAAAGCUUCAAAAGUCCAUAGUAAAGAACGGUAUCCUAGUUGGCUGUAUAAAUUUUGCAAGAUAAUGUUGGCUUUAAAUAUGGAUGUUCCAGUGCCUAUUGUCUACCAAUGACUUGUUUCUUUCCAAGAUGGCCAGGGUAGAAAGAGAAUGUUUGUUUUAGAAAACCCUAAAAUAUUUAUGAAAUACCAAAACCAUUAUUAAAAUAACAUAAGACCUCAUAUAGAUGCAAAAUUUUUAAUUGAGGUUGGUGGGCUCUGGUGUGAAUCCCACAAGAUUUUAAAUACUCAUUGUCCUCUGAUUCUGACAGUCUGAGGCAAGUGAAAAACAAUACAAGCUUUCCCUUGUAGGUGUUGAGUUAGGCUGAUUGAAAUUAACCAGCUAAUAUAUUGUUAGUGGAGAAAAUGUAUGUAAGAAAAAAACAGUGCUACAGGCUUGUUCAUUCCACAGAAGUCUUUCACUCGGCUCCAUUUUUAGUGACAGGCACUUCACAUAGCAUAAAUCUUGGUAGGUAAGUUUGCCUAAAGCUUAUGCCGUCUGUCAGCUUGGAUGUAUACAGAUUUAGAUACAUAUUUUGACAUGUAUUUUCAUAGUUGUCUUUACAUCAACACAUUACCUAUAGGUAUCUAGACUGUGUACAUGCAAGUGUACAGACAUGCUUAAUACAUAUAUACUGUAAUCUGUUACAAUAAAUAAAUUUUAAAUCAUCUUGCAAUAUGUAUGUGGUACUUUUACAAUGUAUAAUGUUUUCAUUAUUAUUCACUAUAACAUUGAAAACCAAAGUGCGGGAAUAUAAAAAAGUAUCCCAGCAUCUUCCUUGUGUACAUUUGGAAUUACUUUCAUUUGGGCACAUCCACGAUAGACUCAGCUUAAAAAGGAACCUUGGAUAGUAUUUACUCAUCUAAGUAAGAAUGAUGAUAACUUCGGUUGAAUAGCUUUAUUCUGCAUUUCUCGUGACUAAAGCUAAAUCCAAAGAUCAGAAAAGGACAAAAAAGAAAGGAAAGGAAAAAAGAGAAAAAAUAAAAAGAAGGGAAAAAAUAACAAAACAAGCAGAAACCAAUGGGAAAAAGUAGGCUUUGGCUUCCAAGGUUGAGGUAAAGGGUGAUGUGGUGUGAAGGGACUGUACUAGCUAGUGGGGGUGGGGUUAUUUUUUCUCCACUUGUCACACCUAAACGGUCCUCAGAAUGCUUCGUAUUCAUUAGAUUGUAGAAAGGGAUUAUACACUUUGUUCAUCAAAAAUGAAGACAUCCCCCAAAGUAUUUUUUGUCUUGUCGUUUUGGGUUAUGACCCAAGCAAAAUAUCAUUAUGUAAUUAAUUUAUUUAAAUUAGUGUCUAAUACACAAAUGUAUAGGUCUUGAAUAAUUAUUUAAUCAUUUUUCUUUAGUUUGAUUUUACUCCUUGUACUUAUUUAUCAAAAUCUAGACCAGUGGUGCAUCAGAGAUGCAAAAUCCUAUUUAGAAUAUUCUUGAAGUUUAGUUUGCUUUAUAAGCAGUGAAGUUUUGUUACAGACAGGGAAGAAAUACAGAUUGCAAAAAGAAGAAAAAAGAAUUUGGGGUAUUUUUCCUUCUUGAAUUAACUUUUAAAAUAGUUUAAUGAUUAUUAAAUUAUUUAAUUUAAGUUCACAGCCCCACCUGGCACCAGGCAAGUUCCACCUCUUAUUGGGGCCCUCAGAACCUUCAUACUGUAACUUAUUUAUUUAACUUAUUCAGCAUCUGUGAAAGAUGCAUUGUAUAGUUUAUAUUUUUAUUUAAAACAACAGAGAGCACUGCAGUUUGUUUGCUGUCAGAACAACAGAGCAGAUUUUGUGGACAAGCAAUGACUACUCAACCUGAACUGUGCAUUUGGGAAACAUAAAUUGAGACCCUGCUUCACCAGCCUGGAUUUCGGGGCUUCUAUGUGGAAACUGGAAAAAUAAAUUUUUAAAAAAAUCAUAAACAAAAAGAGAGAAACCCUUACACUAGCUGCUUCCAAGAAUGAACUCUGUGUGUGUGUGUGUAAAGCAACAAAACAGAAAAGGAAAAAAAAAAGCAGAAAAAAAAGGAAAAACUUUCUAUUUCUAGUGAGAACCAAAGAAGGCUACCUCACUGACUUUUUCCAUUUGUAAUUUUAAUCGUGUUUAUGACACCAAAGAUACCAAAGAUUUAUUUCUCUGUGCGGUCUGCAUUUUGCUUGUGCUCUUUUAUAAUUUAACUAUUCUGUCUGACAUAUGGUAUGUACAGCCACAGCUCAGAUACCCCAAAGAAAUAAUUAUCUGUGAUGGUGGCUGCUAAUGUAGAAAGGGAUAUUUUCUGUGUUUCCCUCAUUUGUUUGCUGCCCCUCCACAUGUUCAGAUGCAAGUAUGGAUGUUGCUUUCAUUGGGUUCCCUAACCUGUGAUUCCUAAUUGAUGGAGACUGGUGAAGAUGGCCUUCAGCUCCAGCCCCUGUCCCUGCUGUGGAGCUAUCACAGGAAAGCGGUAACAGCUGGGCCAUAGAAACGCUACCUGUUGGACAGUAGAGUAUAAAAGGACUACAGGCUUCAUCCAGGCAAGCCCUCUCUGUGACCUAGAGCAGUGAAAUCAUUGCCCAAGUCAAGUUACACCAGAGCCAAAGCCACCAAUGUCUGCUCCCUCUACCCAGUGCUCUGAAUAUUGGGUGACACUAUCACUGUGCCACUUCUGCAUGACACUGGUCACAUGGCAGGCAAGAAAGUGGCAGUCCUGCAGCUAUAAAGCUAGCUCCAAGCACUUUCAGUAUCUUAUCUAGUCCAGCCCCACAGAGUUACAUACGAUCCAGUGCUCAGUAAGGUGAACAGUCUUGGAAGUCUUAGGUCUCAGUCAGAGGUUUCUACCCUGGGAAGCACACAUUGACCCAAACAGUGUGAUCAGUUUUGAGCCUCUGCUUUAUAAAGUGUUGUAUAAAUAAACUUGUAAUUCAGUAGGAGGAGAGAGCUCAUUCUUGGCCCAUUGAAUUUAAUUAUGGACACUUUAAGGUCAGUACUUACCCUGAAAAGAAAUGUGACUAUAAUUUGCAAAUACAGCAUUUCAAUGAUCAGCUUUUCCUUUAUCCUUUCCUUAUAGAUGUUUACAUUUCAUUCCUAAGUCACAUCUGUAUUUUAAAGAGUCUUACAUUUUUAUGCUAAACAGUUAUUCAUUAUAAAUGAAAAAUGAGCCCAAAAUUUCAGAUGAAUGGAUGUGCCAUUUUAAAAAAUGGUUACUUAAAAUUGUUUCUCCUUUUUCUUACUCAUGAAAUUAAUUGGUCUUCUUUAAGUUUCUUUAGAUUCCAUUAAAUGAUUAAAUCACUAUUAAGAUAAUUCAUUAAGGGCUGGAGUCAGCUCAGCGACAUAAGCGCCUGCCUUUUAAGGAUCGUGAGUUCAAUCCCCAGUACAGACAAAAAAAAAAAAAGAUAAUUUAUCAAAGUGAUUUGUAUGUUAGCCAAUGAAUCUUUUCCAGCUUUUGACCAAUGGAUUUUAGACAUAUGCAGCUAUCCACCACUAACCUAUAUAGCUCUUUAUUGAAUACUAGGAAUUUGUAUUUUAGAUCCUUGAGCUUUUUAAUAGACCAUUUACACAAACAAGCUAAAAAAGGAAAAGACAAAAAAAAAAAAAAAGGAAAACACCAUUUCAUUCAAGACCAUGUAGCAAGUAGAGAAAUGUAAAAGAUAGAUUGACAGACUGUGAGAAACUCAGUUACCAUCUUCCAAAAUUCCCAAGCACCAUCCUCACAUAUGUGAAAGUUCCUUCCUAUCCAAACAAGUUUUAAACUUCAUCCUUUACCUAUACAAAGCAAACCUAUAAGACCUUCCUUCCAAACAGCAAACUGCUUUGGCUUUCUUCCCAAAAUCUUACUAGAAAUAGAUUGUUCACAAUAACUGGGAGGCAACAAAGAUGUCCUUCCUAACUCAGUAAGCAGCAGACUGCUCCUCCAUAAUAUGCAAACAUCAGCUUCCCCAGCCUUCCUACUAUGAACCCCUUUAAGAGAGCUCAAAAGAGCUAAUGGCAGCCUGAACACAGAAAACAUCCCUCAUUAGCAGACCCCUCCUCAGCAAAUCCCCUCAGCCUCAUGCUUCACUUGCAAAGUGUGACAUAACCACGGGACGAGUGCCUUGCUUGAACCAAAGCAACGAUUUAGCCAGUCUGGACCUCUCUGUGCUUUUUUUAAUCCUUCCUGUGAAUACCUCAGCUUCAACUGGGCCUCCAUACAGUACAUUGGAGGGCUUAUUGUACUGUGGUGCUUUGCAAUGCAACCCUGCAAAGAACAAGAUUUGUACUAAUACCAAAGGUUCUUUCUCGAUGUCUCUUUCUUCUGCCUCCCAUUCUUCCCCUUUUCUAGUUCUUCACGGUUCCAAAGCUUUAAUAUGAACCUGGGCAUGUUGGCAAUGCAGACCGCGCAAUUCCUUACCGAAUUUUCUCAGAUAUACCUCAUAGAUAAUAGUGUUUAGAGUAAUGUUAUUAUAGCGUAUGUAAUAAAUUAUUCACUGUUUCUUUUGGUAACUGUAAUUUAAAAAAAGAAAAAAGAAAAAAAAGCUUUAUACGUUUUAGGUUGUGCUUUUGUAAUAGAGAACAGGUGCGCUUAAAGAAGAAAUGUAUGUUCUUUUCCCCCCCGCCCCUUUGGAUUUUAUUUAUUCUGGAUUGGGGAAAGUUGCAGAAUGAGCCCAAAGUUUACAGUUUCAUAUUUUGCUGAAGAAACAAUCUGUGUUCAUUUGCUCUGUUGAAAAAAGAAUUAUUUUCUACAUUUGUGCUACUUGGUCUGAACAAUUAAUUGUUCUGUGUUAACAGUGUAGUAUUAUGAUUAGCAACUGCCAAUCAGUGCUAUAAUUUUAUGCAUGAGGCUAAAAAUUUAGCAGUGUGAUGCAUUGUGGUCUUAAUAGCAGCAUUUUUCAUUUUGAACUAGAUCUUCCCCUUUGGUUCUAUGGAUAUUAUUUAUGCAUGGGUGCCUAUCGUUUGUUAGCAGUCGUGGAACAGUUGUGUAUACAUUAAACUGUGAAAAUGUACACAGUUCAGCCUCAGACAGUGAUGACAUUGGUUUUAUUGAGAUAUGUCUCACCUCGAAAAUACUUUAACAUCUGUUGGGAUUUCAAACUGAGAUUAAAUUGGGUUCAAACUUUAUAAUGAAAAAGGUCAUUCCAAGUUUGAGUUAGCCAACUUUCAUUCCACAAAUUGGGAUCUUCAUAACCCAAAUAUAUCACUAUAUCUGACAGAGAUUUGGAAAAGGGCAUUGAAGAGCAACUCACCUCUGCAUUUUUAAUUUCCACAGAGAUUACUUAUUUUGGCUUUAUGCUUACAACCUUAGACCAAAGUGGCUGGGUAGACGGUGAUGUAAGUCAUCCGGCUCUAGCUCUCUUGGGUCUCUGUUUAAAAUGGUUAUUUUUGACUGUGUGGUUCCUUAUAAUAUUUUGUUGUCAGGGAAAUUCCCAGUAGAAAUUCAAAUAGCAUCAAUAUCAAUAAUUCUUUUCUAGGUUUUUUGGGGGGAAGUUCACUUUCUUGAACAUCUCCACCAUCUUACAGUUCCAGUUUUAGGCAAAAAUACGUGGUCAUUCCCUAAAAUUUCACCUGUGCAGCUGUAUCAUGGAUUUUGCUUCUUAAAGUGAGGGGCGAUUCUGAUAUAAGGUUUACCUGUACUAGCAGGUUAUACCUCUCUUCUACAUUUCCAGACUCAAUUUAGAGAAACUAUUUUUAAAUUCUCCAAUUACCUGAUAUAAAAAAAAUUUUUAUAUUUGGGUUCUGAGAUCCAUCCUCAAGGUUCAUACUUAUUUCUUCAACCAAUAGGCUUACAUAAGUCAAGUCUGCUGUCAAGCAGACUUCAUUCUGCAUUGGAUACUGUUUUGUUAUGUUUAAUUUUACCCUCUUUAAAAUAAAAAUUUUUUUAAAAAUUUUUUAAAAGGAUACUGCAGAAAACAAUGACAGAAACACAGCAAUCUGCUAUGCAAAAUAUUGGAAAUCACCGACAGACAGUAGAGCAUUCAUAUUAUCUGUCAAUGAGAAUAUGUUGGGAAUGUGUUUUCUUGAGGAAUACAAAGAAACAUUUUCAUUUGGCCUUAUAAAGUAGAUUGUGAUAAUGAACACUUUGUAAUAUAGCCUUUUUACUUUUUCUUUUAUUAAUCUGCCAAAGACGGGAAUGGAUACAAGAAUUUUAAAAUUGGCUUUUGUAAGACAGGGAAUGAUUGUAAUAGUGUUUAAUCAUUCAGAAAACUUCAUAUGUUCUUCCGCAAUAAGUCAAAUGGAUAUUUGUUUCAGUAAAUUCUCCUGAUACUCACAAACCUACAAACUGUUCCUCUCGAUGCAGAUAUUGUAGUAUCUACAAAGUUCAAAUGCAUUUUCCAUCCAGAGAAAACAGAGGGGUGUCUGAGAUGUGAGCAUGUCCAACCCUUUUUAUUAUAGGCAAUGUGGGGCUCUGGCCUACUAGGAUUUGCCAAGACUUGUCUUAUGAAAUUCAAGGUAUAUUUUGUUUGCCAUUUUAUGUCCUUUUUUUAACUUUGUGGAAAGUGAUAUGUUGAAUCAAGUGUAAGCUGAGUUUUCCAGACAACUGAAGUAGCUACAUUGUGAAUGUUAUUUUGUUAUUAAAGGGUUUUUACUCAAUACUUUGUGCCAAUGGAUGUCCUUUUCCUUGGAGACACAGAACUAUGGAAUUAUCUCACGUUGGCAUGGUUUUCCCUCCUGCCCUCCUGGGAGAACAUGAGCCUAGUCUAGGAAACCAAAGAAGGUCGUGGGCUAGAAGGUAGGUUUGGGAGACUAAGGAGAGAUAUCCAUAUUUGUCAGCUUUAAAGAGAGCUGGGCCCAAACUCUCUAACCUCCCUUGCUUUGCAUCCCAACACUUCUCUGAGAUUCCUUGGCCUUGAGCACAUGCCAGCAUGAAGGCAGACCUCAAUUCAUUGAAAGGCAGAAAGAGAAAACGGCAGCCUUACAUCUUCUGUGACCGACCCUCAGGUACUCUUGCCGCAGAAGCUGUGGUGGCCCACCUGGUCGGCUCUUCCUGGACCAGCAGUGAGAGACAUUCUUCCACCCUCACUGCUCCAAGGGGCCUCGGUUCACGCAAUGCAGCGGGGUUUUCUAAACUAAAAGCAUCCUUCCCAUCCAUUUUCUGCAUGAUAGUUAGCUAUCCCAUUCAUAAAUGUUGAAGAUGAUUUUUUGAAGAGCAGAAAAUGGUAUGGAGUAGGAUUUUCUAAUGUUUUAUUUCUAAGUUACAUUUCACUUUCCCGUUUUGAUCUGGAAAUGUUCAGGAAGGAAAACGAGACCCCUCUGUGCCUCGCUCUCAUCUAAGGACAGAUGUGUACAUUGCCAUCCUGUUGCUGUCUCUUAGGGUCAUGCUAAACUCUAACUAUAGAGCCAAGCAGGAGCAUAACCCAUCAGUGCUUGAAACUCAAAAAGUUGUGCAAGUUGGGUCACCUAAUAACCCUUGCCUUGGCUCAGUUGGCAUUUAGCUCAAGAGUCAACUUACUAUUUAAGAAAGAUGACUUCAGAUGCUGUCAGGGAACUUGCUACCUGGGAAGAAAGAUGUGAGUAUCCAGACUUGCCCUAGCUAUUGUGUAGGUAGUUACAUCAUUGACAGAUACUUUUCUCAAGGUAAAAUAUUUUUCCUUUCUUCAUUAUGUCGUGUGUUAUCAAGCCCAGGUGGUCCCAGCAAAUUUCUCAUCAUGAGAGGUUAUAAAACAUCUGGUAUAUUGGACUUUCUGAAACAAGUACAAACUGUACAUGUGAGAAAUUGAUAAAGAAUUGAUGAAGUUUUGAGGGAGAGACUAACAUGAUAUAAUAAGAUCCUGACUUAGGGACAUUUGAGUUUUAACCCCCACAGGUGUACUGUAUAAGACUCAUUUUUUUCAGAUAUCAACAAAUCUAACAUACAUUUUCCCUGAAUGGAAAUCCUUUGCAAAUCGGGGACUUACAGUACAGUCAUAAUAUUGAUAUUGGUUUCUUUUUUAAUCUCUGUCUCCAGUCACUUAUUUUUCUCCUCAAUCCAAGAACAGUUCAGUCUUUUCUCCAUAAAUCUAGGAUGCCAAAGAAUUUCAUGGGCAAAGGAUCAUUAGGAAUUGACCAACGUUCUCUUUCUCAUCCUUUGCUUUUCUCAAAGAAAGUGUUUCCAUGGACUGCAGAGAAAAGGCCCAGCCAAUUUUUCAUCCUUCCUAGGCGAAUAUUUCUACCCAAGCUAAUACUUCAUUAGUGUAGUUUCCACGGAUUCUCUCUUGUUCAGUGAUUUCUUAGAAGAAGAAAAAAUUCUCCCACAGAAGUGAGAGAUGAAAGAGAUUUUUCUUUCAUCUAGUUUUCUCAGGAUCUAACUCACUUCUGGCUAUUUUCUUACAUUAGGUGUUGUCCUCAGAUCUGUAUAUUUUUAUUAAAAAUUUCACUUAAUUUAACAUGCUGGCCUGUGGGGCUUGAAUCCUUUCUUCUCUUCGUUGAUUGCCUUAUGGUAUGACUAUAAUGAGAGAAAGGAGGUGAAGAGAGCAUAAUUUGCCCCAGCUCUGUUUAAAGUUUAAAAAGGAAAAAAAGACCCAUGGGCAAGUGGUUGUCUAAACUAUGGGUCCCCAAGUCAAAGACCAUAUUCCGUCACCUGCUUGCGAAGUUGCUCUGCCAGAAACUCAGCCCCCUCAAUAGAAACCCAGCUGCCUGUCAUAGGUCCCUAAGCAGAGUCAACAAGGACAAGAGGACAGAAUCAUGUGCAUACCUCCUGUUCUUUUCUUUAAUUUUAUACUUAUGAACUCCAAGAAAAUUAUAGUGAAAAACUUCUAAUCUGUUAUCUUCAGUCAGUCCCUUUGGCAUCACUUCUCAUGCUUAAAACUAGGAAAACACAUCCCUAAAACUUGUACUUCCUUCUGUUUUGAAAAAGAAAACCCAAACACCGAUCCACAUUAUUUUCUUUUCACCCUGAGCUAUAUUCCAAAGUAUAUAGUAUCCUAGAUUCUGCCCUGUCUCAGACACAUGAAGUCAGGUAAUGAAAGAUGUACUAGGGGUGGGUAUCUGGGCGUAUGUUUAGUGAAAUCCCAAUAGGGUAAGGAUCAGACUUCAUUAUCUAGAGAAUAAGUUCUCAGUGCUCCAGAAGAUUUCUUUGACUGUUAGUUGGAUUUUCAAGUUUGCUCAUGGCCCACCCUGAUGUUCCGUCUGCAACACUGCUUACACUGGAUUAUUUCUAUUUUUAUUUCUAUCAUUAAAUGGUAGUGCUGUAAAUUCUGCAAUUAAUGUCAAAUAAACUGCUUUAAUUCAUUGA